AUGCAACAGUAUAACCAUCCCGAAGAACAGCAACAUAAUAUGGACGUAGAGAUGGUAUAUGAUAACCUGCCAGAAGAGAGACCAACGAGAAUACAUCCACAUAAUACAGAUAUGGAUAUGCAUUGGGAACCACAACCUAUACUAAACACAGGAACAACAGCAACCAUAUUACCCGAUAUUCCAGUAUGGAGAAAUGGAAGAUAUCCAUUCGCUUUAUCAUCUAUACCAAGAGAAAAAUUUAAAAGAGGACGAGAAAGCUCAUACCAACAAGGGGAUGAAAGAGGAAAUUCAUUGGAGAAUACUGAAAGUAACUAUUAUGAUGAACCUCAAGCAAAGCUAAGAAAAUUAUUAGAAGACUUAACAAAGGAACAAAUACCGAGAAGGCCUUACAAGAAGGUUACCUGGAACAAUAACCAGGAAGUAAAAGAAAUGACAACGGAGGAAUUGGCUCAAGAUAAGACAAAUAAAAUACGUCAGAAUGUGGAUAACCUUAUACAACUUACUGAACAAAUAACAGAUGCAGAUUCCUUUUAUAUAACCAAAAUAAUGACGAAAUUAAUAAAAGAAGCAGAAGGCGUAGAUGGUAGCGUAGUAGCAUACUGUUUAGCUAUGGGGCUAAUAGCUUUCAAAUUACCUUAUGGGAAAAUGCUAGAAACCGCCAGAAAACUAAAAAGCAUGGUGAGGAGUGAUGGCAACAGAAUGAGAGUAACUGAUGAAAUAGAAGAUAUUCAAAUGCAAGCAAUUACCAAUCGCCGAAAUGGAGAAACCACAAGGAAAUCUAAAGGAACAGAAGAUAGAUAUAAACAAGGAAACAGAGAUGAGAAUUUAGAAAUAAAAGCGUUACUAGAAAGUAGAAAGACAGUAAUAGCACUAACUACAGAAGAAAUUCAUCAUCCUUUCAUAUAUUGUAGAAUAAAUAAUAAAAUACGUAAAGUAUACGUAGAUGACGGCAGUGCAGUGACACUAAUUAAUUUUAAUGAGUGGGAAAAUAUAGGAAAACCCUCACUAAUGGAAACCCAAAUUAGAAUUGACAAUACGCAUAAUCAAUUGAACGUAAUAGGAAAAUAUGGACAACAUAUAAUUCCAAUAGAAGAAGAGGAAAAAUUUAAACUAAUAACAAAUAGAAUCGAAGUAAUUCACCCAGGAAAAAGAAUGAUGAUAGAGGUAAGAAGUAAAAGAAUGCAUCCUAAAGGAAUAGUAAAAGUAAAGUUAAAUCCGUUAUGGAAAUCUCCAACGGAACUAAUAGGAAUUAAAGGUAUCAAUUAUAUUAAAGAAGGAAAGACAAAAAUAGCUGUAAUGAACAUAUCAAGCAAUAUGAUUAAAAUAGAUAAAAAUUCACCUAUUUGUGUGGCCAUUAACGUAAAUCUUGAUGAAAUAGUAGAGGCGCAGGACGAAUACAUAAGUGCCGAAGCUAAUUGGGAAGAGAAACUACCAGAAAGAGUAAGAGAAAAACCACUAACAAAUGAAGAAUUUAUAAAAUUAAACAACAUUCCUGAGGAAGCUAAGGAACUGGUUUUAAAAUAUAAAGACGUUUUUUAUGAAUACGAACACGAUGUAGGGAGAUACAAUGGAGAAAUAAAACAUGAAAUAAGACUAAAACCAAACUCACAACUAGUAAGACACAGAUUAAGAAAAUACAGACCCGAAGAAGAAGAAGCAAUGUUAAAUAUAAUUGAGAGAUUGGAAAAGAACGGCCAAAUCAGAAAAAGUAAAUCAUCCUGGUCAUUCCCAGUAAUUAUGGUGAAAAAGAAGGAUGGUACCUUAAGAAAAGUUAUAGAUUAUAGAAAAUUAAAUGAAUUAACGGAAGUGGAAGCAAACAUACUUCCACUAAUUGAAGACGUUCUAGAAAAAGUUGCAGAAAACAAAAUAUACACCACAAUAGACCUGGCCGCCGGCUUUUUCCAAAUACCUUUGAACAAAAAAAGCCAAGCACUAACGGCUUUCAUAACUCCAAAAGGGUUAUACGAAUACACUGUCGCUCCAAUGGGCCUGUCCACAAGCCCUGUAAUCUUCCAAAGGGUAAUGGAAGAAACCUUUGAAGGAUUAAGAAAGGAUGUUUUAGUAUAUCUAGACGAUAUAAUUAUCUUCAGUAACAAAAUCGAGAAACACCUAGAAGUAUUAAAAGAAGUAUUAGGAAGACUGAGAAACGUAGGGUUAAAAGCCAAAUUAUCCAUGUCAUCAUUUCUAAAAGAUAAAGUUAAUUUUUUAGGAUUCAUAAUCGGAGAGAACGGGAUAGCAGUGGAUAAAAAGAAAGUACAAGCAAUAGCAGAUAUACCCGUACCUAUGGAUAGGAAAACAUUGAGAUGCUUCCUCGGAGCAACUAGCUAUUUAAGGAGAUUUGUAGAAGGUUAUGCAGGAGUUGCAGCGCUUUUGACUAUGCUACUAAGCGAGAAAAUAGAAUUCAAAUGGGGAGACGAAAAAAAGAAAGCCUUCGAAGAAUUAAAAGAAAAACUAACAAAAACACCAAUCCUAGCAAAACCAAAUUGA